CUUCUCACUCUAUCCUUCUUAAUUCUCUACCGUCUUCCCCCUCUGCAAGAUACUUUUAAAUUUCUCUCUCUCUCUCCUCUGAUAAAACGACGAUUUAUACACGCAUACGUACAUGGCGGAGGAGGCCAAAGUAAAGCAGAGCGGCGCCAGUAGCACCAGCCAAGAGGUUUCCGGUCCGAUUCGCAGAGUGCUGCUCAUAUCCGCCGGCGCUAGCCACUCCGUUGCUCUUCUCUCUGGUGAUGUUGUUUGCUCAUGGGGAAGGGGAGAGGAUGGACAGUUAGGCCAUGGAGAUGCUGAGGAUCGGUUUUCACCUACUCAGGUGAGUGCGCUGGAUGGCCGAGAUAUUGUAUCUGUUACUUGUGGAGCUGACCACACAACUGCAUAUUCUGAGACACAGAUGCUAGUUUACAGCUGGGGAUGGGGUGAUUUUGGGAGAUUAGGCCAUGGAAACUCCAGUGACUUGUUUUCUCCUCAGCCGAUAAAAGCUUUACAAGGCCUACGUAUAAGGCAAAUUGCUUGUGGUGACAGCCAUUGCUUGGCAGUGACCAUGGAAGGCGAGGUUCAAAGUUGGGGAAGAAAUCAAAAUGGUCAGCUAGGGCUUGGGACUACUGAUGAUUCUCUAUUGCCUCAGAAGAUCAAAGCUUUCCAGGGAAUACUAGUGAAAAUGGUUGCUGCUGGUGCGGAACACACAGCUGCUGUAACUGAAGAUGGUGAGCUCUAUGGAUGGGGAUGGGGUAGAUAUGGCAAUUUGGGAUUAGGUGACAGGGAAGACCGAUUACUUCCGGGGAAGGUCACAACUGUUGAGGGCGAAAAGAUGGUCCAGGUAGCAUGUGGGUGGAGACAUACAAUUUCUGUCUCCUCUUCUGGUAGCCUGUAUACUUAUGGGUGGAGCAAAUAUGGUCAACUAGGACAUGGGGACUUUGAAGACCACCUCACCCCUCAUAAGCUGGAAGCAUUGUCUGACAAUCAUAUAUCUCAAAUUUCAGGUGGUUGGAGACACACUAUGGCAUUAACAAAUGAUGGGAAACUUUAUGGAUGGGGCUGGAAUAAGUUUGGCCAAGUCGGUGUCGGCGACAAUGUAGAUCAUUGCUCCCCCAUGCCGGUGAAGUUUCCUCAAGAUCAGAAUGUAGUUGAGAUAUCCUGUGGCUGGAGGCAUACGCUCGCACUCACCGACAGGCAAAAUGUCUUCUCGUGGGGACGGGGCACGAAUGGCCAGCUCGGACAUGGUGACACUGUUGAUCGAAAUGUUCCGAAGAUUAUAGAGGCAUUGAGCAAAGAUGGAUCAAGUGGGCAGCACAUAGAGGCAUCAAAAGUGGAUGUAUCAUCAGAUAAAACUUGGGUGUCCCCAACCGAGCGAUACGCAGUCGUCCCCAAUGAGAAUGUUCACGGACAAUCGGCAGCCUCCUUCGGUGGCGGCGGCAAUGGAGCCGACGCCAAUGUGCCUGAAAAUGACGUGAAAAGAAUGAGGAUUGGAGGUACCAUUUAAGAUUUUGUUGCAAGUUUGCUUAACUGCUAAUAUAUAUUAUGAUGAGGAAACUGCAGAAAUAUAUAUGUUAUGGUUCUUUAGCUGUUUUAUGUACUGCUACUGCUGCUGUCUCUCUGCUUUGGUAUUCCAUAAUUGAGUACUUUGUGGCCUGUGUUUGGCACAUCACAAAGCACCAACCCACUUUGAAUAUCCCAUUACACAUUGAUAAA